AGCCUCUCCAGUUCCAAUGGAUCAUCACAAUGAUGAUAUUGAUAGCAAUUACGAUUUUUGCUGUGAUUCGUUUGACCGCAUGAAUCUUAAAGAGGGUCUUCUUCGUGGUAUAUUUGCCUAUGGUUUCGAAAAGCCGUCUGCCAUUCAGCAGCGAGCGAUCCUUCCUUCUAUUGAGGGUCGUAAUGUGAUAGCUCAGGCUCAGUCAGGCACAGGAAAGACUGCCACUUUCAGUAUUGCAAUGCUUCAGCAAAUCAACACCGCAGAUCCACGCUGUCAAGCUCUCGUUUUGGCUCCGACGCGGGAGCUGGCCAAACAAAUUCAGACCGUCGUAGUUGCCCUAGGCGACUAUAUGGACAUCACAUGCCAUGCCUGUAUCGGUGGGACGCAAGUUUCGACGGACAUGGAACGUUUACAAAUGGGUCAACAAAUCGUCGUGGGCACCCCGGGUCGCGUGCUGGACAUGAUUCGUCGAGGAUCUCUACGCACCGACUCAAUUCGUAUCUUUGUCUUGGAUGAAGCCGAUGAAAUGCUUAGUAUGGGGUUCAAAGACCAGAUCCAGGAGAUUUUCCGGUGUUUGAAACACGAUGUCCAGGUCAUACUCCUGUCAGCAACUAUUCCCGACGAAGUACUCGAAGUAACCAAACACUUCAUGGUCGAUCCAGUUCGUAUUCUGGUCAAGCAGGAAGAGCUCACUUUGGAAGGAAUCCGACAGUUUUACGUCAAUGUCGAACAGGAAGAAUGGAAACUGGAAACACUGUGUGAUCUGUACCAGACCAUUGCCAUCACACAGGCUGUGAUAUUCUGCAACACGAGACGAAAGGUUGAAUGGCUCACACAGGAGUUGACUGAGCGGGAUUUCAUUGUCUCCGCGAUGUGUCCGAUACACCUUUGCACACAGGCUGUGAUAUUCUGCAACACGAGACGAAAGGUUGAAUGGCUCACACAGGAGUUGACUGAGCGGGAUUUCAUUGUCUCCGCGAUGUACUAUUUUCCUGCGGCAGUUCUGUUGCAUUCUGUUCUUCUGUUCACCAAACGAAUUUUCUUCCCUUUUUAUCACCCCUGCGCAAAGCAUGGUGAUAUGGAGCAGGCCGAGAGAGACAACAUCAUGACUGCGUUCCGGAGUGGGUCCAGUCGAGUUUUGAUCAGUACUGACCUGUUGGCCCGCGGAAUCGAUGUUCAACAAGUCUCACUCGUGAUCAACUUUGAUCUCCCAAAUACACUGGAGAACUACAUUCAUCGAAUCGGUCGCGGCGGUCGAUUUGGCCGGAAAGGAGUGGCGAUCAAUUUUGUCACUCUCGCAGACAAACGUACUUUGAAGGAACUGGAAACCUUCUACAACACCAAAAUAUCCGAACUCCCGGUUGACGUGGCCGAUUUGUUCUGACCUCGUCCAGAUAUACUUCUUCUGAAUGAUUUAUCACCUACUUCCACCUUGAUCCUGGAUCCGUGUAGAUAGCGGUUGGUCUGUUCCAUCUCAUCUGUACCUAGAAAACGGAGGCUGGUUGUUUUUGUGUACUGUGACCACCCGCGCCAACUCUGCCCCCGCCCACCCAUAUUCUUCAACGAAGGACUUCAAUUUAAUUCUGAUACCGUUUUCUUGUGUCACCGUAGAAUUCCGAGAACAUCGAAUAGGUUCUUUUCGAAUAAUGUAAAUCUGUGACCUCUAUGGAUGCACCAAAAUGUUUGUUUCUCACACUGAAAGGUCCAGCAGUCUCAUCACCUAGCAACUCUCCUGCUACCUGUAGUUGAUUUCAUUCGUCCCAAAGACGUGUGUCUGACGGUAUUUUUUUCCGACGCCAGUUCUGCAUCUCCAUCCGAAUUGUGAUUUCUGUCCAUCUGCACAAAUAUAUACGAAUUCCUUACAUCCCUGUUAAAUAUCGAGUACGGAACCACAGACUCCGGGAACCUACCUACCUACCUACCCGACAGUGGCUGGUCGGAUGUUUCUCUUGAAAUCCUUAGUGUCUCUUUACUUUAUGACUUUCACACACAGACAGACACUUUCCUUGCGGUCACUUCCAAUUCGAUCUCACGGAAGCCUCGUUUGUUGCCGUUUCCCUCGUUUCUGUUGCACAGACGAUAUCACUCCACUCGGUCCAAUCAGUCACUGUUUUUCAAGCUGUCAUAAAAUUCACAAAACGAUCGAAUAGUACAUUUU